AUGGCCAAGACCGUGGCCCCGCCAACAGCCACGGCCACCACCAAACACCGUCUCAUUGAUCAACACGUCUACUCUGCCAAGGAAGGCGCCGAGUCAGCCGUGCAGCCAACCCCGGCUGUCAUCCACCUCUCUGGCUUUACCGUUGGCCAGCCCGUCAAGGCCAAACUCAGCCUCCUCAACCGCAGUCAAAAACAGAUUCGCACCCAUAUCGUCGAACCCCAGACCGAGUUUUUCAACAUUGCCUACAGCCGCAAGGGCCAACUUGUUCCGGGUAGCGCGGAGGAACUCACCAUCACCUUCCGAGCCGAUGAGCUUCGCUACUACUACGACUGCAUACGCGUUCACGUCGAAGGGUCCUCCAACGUUCUCAUUCCCCUGCAUGCUUAUCCCGUCAAACCCACUCUGACACUCCCCAAGCACCACGACUUUGGAACCACGGCGCUUGAGGAAGAAAAGGCGCGCACGCUAACCUUUGGUCUGAACAUCCCCCUCGACGUGGACUUUGAAGCUCGUCUCAUCGAGGCUGGUCCAGAAUUCACCCUUGACGUUCCCAGCUACACCAUUCCCGCCGAUGGCCAAGGCGCCGUCACCGUCAAAUAUCGUCCCACUCGCUACAUUACCAGCUCGUGCAAGGUCGAGAUCAAGCUACUUACUGACAAUGCCGAAGCAGCCGUCUGCAACGUGACUGGCUACUGCCAACACGGACUUCGCUCAGCCAAGCUUGUUGAACAGGCCCUCGCACCCGAACCCACACCGGCCGAGGGCUGGUCUUUUCUCAACCAAAUUUGCUCUCGUCGCUUCCACGCUCCACCACAGGCACCGUCAGCCCUGCCAUCUGCACCGCCCACCGCACCGCCUGCCACAGCUCGAACCGGGGCCAGUCGGCGCAAGCGCAGCGGGCGCAUCACGGCUGCAAAACAAGUGCAAGAUGACAUCUCCGCCACGCAGGCCCAGCUGGUACAACUAUCAACGACACGAGGCGUUGCUCGCAUCCUCAAUCAGCACGUGGUGCAUCGCCACCCACAACACGCCAUCAGCGUUCUUGAAACCAACCCCGCGACACGCGCCCAACGCAUCAACGACUUUUUGAAGGAGAAGCAGGAACGUGACAAUCAGCCUCCUGGGGUGGGUCACGAAUCUCUUUCCAACGACGAGCGACGUCGCAUCCUAUCCGGACGUCGACAAAUCCUCGAGGAGUACGAAUAUUUGCAGGACUUGGAUGAGCAGUCAAACCGAGAAGCCCUCGCGCGCUUGACCACAGUGGUUGAUGAUCGGCCGAUGCGCACCUGUCGGCGUAUCGAGGAUGCAAAUCAGCUGCAAAUAGCGGUCCCGACACAUCUCACUUUUACACCAGAGCCGGCCAAUGAGGUGCUACGCAAAGCGCAAGCCCAUGAGCGCUUUGUUCGAGCCGCUCGAAAGGUGGUGAUCCGAUUGAGAGCAGCGCGAUACUUGGAAUAUUUUCAUCAUGCAGGCCGAGCGCGAGCGGCUCUGACCGAGGUUGACCUGGCGGCCGAGGAGGAACUGGCCGUGCGGCAGGCUUCUGCCCUGACCCAGGCCUCUGCGGUGGUUCCGUCCUUGCGACCGCAUCCAUGGAUUCCACUGCCAACAGAGCCGACCAUCGAUCUGGUCAUGACUGCGGCGAAAGUUGCACGCGAUAGUCAGAUCUCAGCCCCGACGCCGGCCCUGGGUCUGCUCGAGCUAGAAACCCCGGCAGAGUACAGACUGCUGCAGUACACACCUGUGGACAUGCGUUUGGCGAGUGAGCUACUCGCAUCAGCCUCUCAUCACAUGACCUUUGUCCCGAGCGAACCUAACAUCUGGGUAGAGGGUGAGGUCAUGCCGCGGAGAACAACAGGCAAAUGA